AUGGGGAGACUGAGGUCCAGAGCCCGGCGGUCCACCGCCCGCGGAGAAGAAGGGGGCGCGUCCUGCCCGGCUGGCCGCUUGGAGCCGGGGCCGCCUCCUCCCGCCCCCCGCGCCCGUGACCCCAGCCCUGCCUUUGCCCUUGCCACGCCGCUUGCUCGGGAGCGAGUCAUGGUGGCGGCACUGGCGGCAGGGUGGCUGCUGCUGGCGGCUGCGGCCUGCGCGCAGCGGGAUCAGGACUUCUACGACUUCAAGGCGGUCAACAUCCGGGGCAAGUUGGUGUCUCUGGAGAAGUACCGCGGCUCGGUGUCCCUGGUGGUGAACGUGGCUAGCGAGUGUGGCUUCACAGACCAGCACUACCGGGCCCUGCAACAGCUACAGCGGGACCUGGGGCCUCACCACUUCAACGUGCUUGCCUUUCCCUGCAACCAGUUUGGCCAGCAGGAGCCCAACAGCAACAAGGAGAUUGAGAGCUUUGCCCGCCGCACCUACAGUGUCUCUUUCCCCAUGUUUAGCAAGAUCACAGUCACCGGCACUGGUGCCCACCCUGCCUUCAAGUACCUGAUCCAGACUUCUGGAAAGGAGCCCACCUGGAACUUCUGGAAGUACCUAGUGGCCCCAGAUGGAAAGGUGAUAGAGGCUUGGGACCCAACCGUGUCGGUGGAGGAGAUAAGGCCCCAGAUUACAGCGCUUGUGAGGAAGCUCAUCCUGAAGAAGCGAGAAGACUUAUAACUACUUUCCCUCCUCUCCCACUGUCCCCUCCCCUCACUGUUCACGAGUGACCAAAGCAAACUCAAAUGGUGCUACAAGGGAGAGACUACUGACUCUCCUUCCUCCACUCUUAUCCCACCUACCCCAUCACUCCUGUCUGGGGAAAAUUCUAGUAGUUUGAUUAUUUGAAACUUAGAGCAACCUGUAAGAACCCCUGACCAGUGACACCUCUUGACCAAUGACUCACCAACCAAUAAGAACCUCUAGCCCAUGAAAACAUGUGGCAAAUAGAGGUACAAGCAAUAAUCUCCUACCUGUUAUGAACUCUGUAAAAUGAGGCCAAUUCCUACCUCACAGGGCUGUUGUGGGGAUGAGGAUGAAAGGCCUAUGAAAGUGCCUAGGGCAGUGCCAGCUAACUAGGAGGCGUUCAAUAAAUGUUUUUUGCAUAUGAACCAAAAAAUAAGUUGUGAUCAAUAAAAACUUGAACCCAACAUGAAUUUCCAGCCGUGAGAAUCCAGGCCAAACAUUUGUUGUUGUUGUUGUUGUUAUUGUUUUCCUAUGUAUUUUUUUCAAUUACCAAAGUGAUACAAAUUCAUUGUAAAAUAAGACGUUACAAAAUAAAAAUGAAACUGUCCCCCUCA